AUGGACGAGAAUGGAUCUCUCUAUGUUGUUGACUAUGUAAAACAUGAAGUGAGACGAUAUCGAAGAGGAGAAUCAGAAGGUAUAGUGGUGGCAGGUGGCAAUGGAAGUGGAAGUGAUCUCGAUCAACUCAAUGGCCCACAAUAUGUAUUCGUUGAUCGAGAUCAAUCAAUCUAUGUAUCUGACUGGUCGAAUCAUCGUGUGAUGAAAUGGAUGGAAGGUGCAACACAGGGCAUUGUUGUAGCUGGUGGUCAAGGAGAAGAAAAUGGUCUUACACAAUUGACAGGUCCUCUAGGAGUCGUUGUCGAUCAAUUGGGUACUGUCUAUGUGACUGAUGGAUGGAAUGAUCGGAUUAUGCGUUGGCCCAAAGGAGCCACACAGGGAAGUAUUAUUGUUGGUGGAAAUGGCCCAGGAGGGCAAUCAAACCAACUCAGUGCACCUUUCGGUUUGUCAUUCGAUCGAUACGGCAAUCUCUAUGUCGUCGAUAGUGGAAACCAUCGUGUACAAAAAUUUAACAUCAUCUCAAAUACUUAA